GAUGUGCAUUAUGGAAGGGAGAAAGCAAAGCCAUCCUGCAGGAUGUCACUUCUGCAUGGAGGACUCUGAUAAGGCUCAAACUGGUUUUAUGCCGCACACCUGCUGUUUGCAGCCAAGUCUAAAGGCACCAAGGGUAUCAGUUUCUUGCAAGAUUAAACUCUUUGAUUCCAAUCUCUUUAGCGGGAAAGCAUGUUGUUUUAUCUAAUGCUUAUCUCUGUCUGUUUUAGGCUGUGGCGCCUGCUGAGAAAAGCUUCACGCUUUGGUAUCCCCGACACAGUUGGUCAACACUGCUUAAAUGUUCUGCAUGGUAAGGUCAGAUGCUACGCAGGCUGCUGCACACAGAGUCAUGUCCUGACUGUGGGAAAUCUCCCUAGGGAAAUGCACCCUGGAGCAGGUAGUGAAGUGAAGGAAAGGAAUCAGAAAGAUCCUCAUGGUCACAGUCAAGAUUCCUAUCCAUCCACCAAGGUGGAGUGAAUGGUGCUGACUUGCAUUCUCAGACUUUCCUGAGGAAACAAAGCUAUCAGCAAAGAGAUGAUGGUGACCAGACCUGGAUGACCAAAGCUCUAGUAAGAGCAAAACCUGCUGUCUUCUGAAAACAUCCUGAAGACAGGGACUACAGCUUGCAUGGCUGCUCCAGGCAGCCCCACAUCCCUUCCCAUAAAUGUUACAGGAGGACUCCUCACCAUCUUCGGGCAAUUUUUCAGCUCUGCAGAUCUGAACAGCACAUUCACCUCAGACUGUUGGAAGAGCAGCCUUGCAUAUCUGAUGUGCUUGCAGAUGGCCCUGGCCCUGCCCUCCGGGUAUGAAAUACAGACAUCAGUCAGCAGGACUCAACAGCCACAGAAGACGGAGUUAUGAGAUCCCUCUGGCAAGGGAAGUCUGGUCGCAGCCCACUCCAAGCCCUGUAUGAGAACGACCAGUUUGAGCAGUCAUCACUGCAGGCUGUUCACCAGCAGAGACGGGAGCUGUUGAGCAACAUCUGCAACCGUUACACCCGCAAGCGGCGCCUCCUGCGGCCCGAUGACUUGCGACACUUGGUGGUGGAUGACACGCAUGGGCUGCUCUACUGCUACGUGCCCAAAGUGGCCUGCACUAACUGGAAGAGGGUGAUGAUGGUCCUGACAGGGCAAGGCAAGUACCAGGACCCACUGGAAAUCCCCGCCAACGAGGCCCACGUCUCAUCCAACCUGCGCACCCUCUCCGAGUACAGCAUCCCCGAGAUCAACCACCGCCUGCGCAGCUACCUCAAGUUCAUCUUCGUGCGGGAGCCCUUGGAGCGCCUGGUCUCCGCCUACCGCAACAAGUUCACCCGCAGCUACAACACGGCCUUCCACAAGCGCUACGGGACCAAGAUCAUCCGGCGGCACCGGCAGGAGCCCAGCGACGAGGCCCUGGAGCGCGGGGACGACGUUCGCUUCGAGGAGUUCGUUUACUACCUGCUGGAUCCACGGACGCAGCGGGAGGAGCCCUUCAACGAGCACUGGGAGCGGGUGCACUCACUCUGCCACCCCUGCAUUGUCCACUACGAUGUAGUGGGCAAGUAUGAGACCUUGGCCGAAGAUGCCAGCUACAUCCUUCAGCUGGUUGGGGCCGACACAAGUGUCAAGUUCCCAUCUUCAUCCAAGACCACCAGGACGACAGAUGACAUGACAGCCCAGUUCUUCCAGGACAUUAGCCCCUUCUACCAAAGGAGACUCUUUAAUUUAUACAAAAUGGACUACUUGCUCUUCAAUUACUCCAUCCCCUCCUACCUCCGCUUCCGAUGAGGAAAGGACUGGGAGGAGGGGCAAAGGAGAGCUGGGUAACUCUCAUCUUCCCAAAAUUCCUCUCCUCCCACCCUCUGCCCAUCUCUUGGUUGACUUCUUCCCUGUGCCGUGUUAUGGUCUGCUUCACAUCCUGAUGCCUCAUUCGUGCAUGCUCUAGAGGGAGGACACCUCUCAAAACACCAGGGUUGGAGAGUUUUCUUCCCUUUCCCUCCCACACUUCAACAUAGAAUCAUAGAAUGCCUUGGGCUGGAAGGGACCUCUAAAAGUAUCUAGUCCAACCCUGCUACAAUAAGCAGGGACAUCUCACACUAGAACAGAUUGCUCAGAGCCCCAUCAAGCCUGACCUUGAAUGUCUCCAGGGAUGGGGCCUCCACCACCUCUCUAGACAACCCAUUCCAGUGAUCCACCACCCUCAUAUUAAAGAACUUUUUCCUAAUGUCCAACCUAAAUCUACCCUUUCCUAUCUUAAAACCAUUACCCCUUGUCCUAUCAUUACAUGUUGUUUUUUUUUUCUUCUUUUUUAUUUAAUAAAUUAUAAUAAACAUUAAAAAAAAUUACCUGCA